CUCAACCUUUCUUUAACUGUACCAACAUCAUCCCUACCAUACCCCCUUACUUUUCAUUUCUCAAACACCCUUAGACAGACCUCCAAGAGCUAGAGAAGCAGCAACAGCAAUCAUAUCCAAUGGCCACCUCCGCUUGUGCAGUUUCCAUGCCGUUGACUCACAAGACUGCUUUACCAAAUUCCACCUUCUUCAACCCAUUGACACUCAGCAGCAGCAGCAACAGAGUUAAGACCAAAAGGAUGGUUCUUGUUCAGAGCUCAUUCAAGGAGAAGGCUGUGACAGCUUUGACAGCGGCGGCUCUAACAGCUUCUAUGGUGGUUCCCGAUGUAGCACAGGCGGCGUCUGGUGUUACGCCGUCGCUGAAUAACUUCUUGCUGAGUAUUGGUGCUGGUGGUGCUGUUCUUGUGGCCAUUUUAGGAGCUAUAAUUGGUGUUUCCAAUUUUGAUCCAGUGAAGCGUGGGUAGAUAAUUAAGCAUCAUCCAUCAUCUUGUAAUCCUUUCCUUUUCCAAUGCUUAAUUUGGUUUUCAAAAUUUAAUUUACUUUUGUGAAUGAAUUCUACUUCUACUUCUACUU